AUGGCUUCCGUACCUUUAGUCAAUGGUCAACUUCCGGCUUGGUCAUUGCAAAACAAUGCUGGAAUGAUUGAAUUCAUAAAAUCAAUCUCACUCAAAUCAAUUCCAAUGAACCUCAAAAGGCAAAAUGAUUUUUAUAUCGCAUUCAAAUGUAUUUUAUUGGCAGCCGGACUUACACUUUUGAUUCGAUUGAUCAUGACAGGAAGGUUUUGGCUUAUGCGAGUUGUGCGAACGCCAAAAGGAUUUUUGAUUUGUCCAAAUGCAUGUGAAGCAUUAUGUCUUUCAGCAUGUGUUUUUUAUCUUAUCGAUUUAUUCUUUCGAGGUUUUAGCAUCAAUUGGUUAUGGGGAGAUUCACUUUCAAUGCAAGAAGGAAUGCCGUUGCUUUACAGCUUUCGAUUAUACUUUUUAUGGUUAGCAGGAUUCAUUCACUUGGCAUCAACUUUGCUCAUCUGGCCUUUCGAUCCAAUGCGUAUCAGACCUUUCUACUGGCAUUUGUUCUUGUUUGGCGUUCCGAUUGCGUUUCUGAUUGGGUUCUUACCAAACUGCAUUCGUGCAGAAGUCUACAACAGGAUGGCAAAUCAACGUCUAGUACCUCUCUUGAUCACCCUACAAGGUCGUGAUCCUGAAGGACCCUUGGACGCAAAUUCGAUAGCAAUCGCUACUGAUGGCUAUGAACAUGUAGUCUUGAUGUGGCAGGCUUCAAGAGAUUAUGCAGCCGUUGCACUUGCGUUUCUGAUCUUACUCACAUUUGGUUCGAUUGCAACAGGAUACCAAAUCACUUCACGAGCUGCGAGAAGGUAUAGGGACAUCAAAAGAGCAGCGACGCAAGUACGAAAUGAAACGCCAAUAGAAGAAGGCGAAACUGAAGGCAAGCCAACAUACAGCUCUGAUUCGCAACACAGUGAAGACAAAUUAACCAAACAGACGGACAAUUCUCCUUAUUUAUUACAAACAAUUUCAUCUCAGCCGACCAACGAAGGCGCAAUGAAUAAAACGGAUUCAACAAUCGCCACUCAAACGGCACCGUCACGCCUUGUGACAAAUGAGGAUAAAUUGGAUUUCAAAGUCAACCCUAUAACGGAACCGAAAAUGAAUCAAACAAAAAAUGAUAACGAUUCAGCCGGUUUACGUAGAAUCGAAGUGCCAAAACGAAUCGAAUGGCGUAAAUUUAGCCAUUUACGUUUAUUACGAUAUUUUGCCGGUUUGGAUCCUUUACCUGCUCAAAAUUCAGAAUCAGAUUUGGCGUUGGCACGGUACGGUAAACCGUCACAAGAGUCUGUUGAGGCAGUUUUAAAGGAUUUCCUUUAUUUCAGUUUGGUUCAAUUUUCAUGUUUGAUCAUUAUCGAACUCGUUAUGGCAGCUUGUGCUUUCUUGAUCAUCUUGACCAUCAUUCCAGAUUUACGCAGUCCAGCAUACGUUCCCCAGUAUACGACAAAAUUCGCUUUGACAGCUUACAUCUUUUUCGUUUUGGAAAUCUGGGUCAUCGUUUCGAUUGGAUCACCUUUGAUUUUAAUCAUGUUAUGGAGACAACUUUAUCCGAUUCGAGUGGACUUCGGUAAUGAUAUUUAUACAAGACAAGCACCAACGCUCAAGAUUAAGAAUGUUGCCAAAUUGAAAAAUUUCCGAUUGAAGAAGAAGAACAAAGAUGGAGCUGAGAAAGACGAAAUGGAAGCGGAAGAGGUUGGAAAUGAUACUGGUGAUUGGCAUCAUGUACCUUGGACACCUUCAACAAGGGCAACUUUUAUGCCAACUUCUCCUUCUUCAGUUUCAACGAAAGCAAACAAAGAGAUUCAACGAUCCGCUGGAGCAAACAAUAUCUCAAUCAGUCGAACCACACCUUCUUUGGAUGGAUCAAUACAUGGGGCUGAAGAAGAAGAAUAUGAGAGAGAUAAUCGAUGGUCAAAGCAUUAUUCGAAUGAUGGAAUUGAACUUGAAGAUAACAGAAGAAAGACGAAAGAAUCUAUCACCAGGGAUGUUUGUGGCCUGGCUGGUUCUGAUAUGGGCGUUCGUAGAAUCGUUUUGGAUGCUCUUGAAUCUAGCAACAAAUAUCCGACACGAAAGCUUGGCGGUGCAACAACAUCUGUUUGGCAAAGGGCAGAAGCUGCUCAUUUACACGAAAGAAGGCCAAGCUUACCGUCCAAAGCAUCUGAGUCUCAAAUGCAAAAGAUAAGAGGACAACAACCACAAAGAGGUGGAAGACGAAAUAGUCAAGCAGACUUGACCACACCUCCAAGCAGCAAAUCUAAUUCACCUCCUCCAAUGUUAAGCAGACUUCAUGGUUCUUUACGUAAAAAUUCAAGCUUCUCACAAAAGGACACAUUCGGGAUCCCAAUGUCAAAGUAUCAAACAAAUUUGCAACCUCCAGAAAAUGCAAGAUUUGUCACACCUCACGGUUUCGUACAAAGCAGGCCGUACGAAUGA